AUGGGAGAUGAAGUCGACCGAAGACUCGAUGCGGCUGUCAACGAGGCUUUUGAUGAAUAUUUUGAAAAUACAUACAACAGCAUCGUGGAGAAUCGAACAGAUAAAAAGAAGAAACGUGCAUAUGUCGAAAGAAACCGCGAGGCGGGCCACAACCGGCUAUGGAAUGACUAUUUUAGUGAAAAUCCGUCAUUUCCGGAAAAUCUAUUCAGACGUCGUUUUCGCAUGAACAGGCAAGUAUUCAUGCGUAUUAUCAACACCCUCUCAGCAAAUGUUCCAUUCUUUCAGCAACGGAGGGAUGCGGUAGGACGGUUGGGUCUAUCUACACUACAAAAGUGUACGGCGGCUAUUCGUAUGCUUGCUUAUGGAUGUGCGGCUGACGCCGUCGACGAGUAUCUCCGACUCGGUGAAAGCACCGCUCUUUCAUGUUUAACCCAUUUCACAGAUGCAGUCAUUCUAUUAUUUGGAGAAGAAUACCUACGGAGACCCAAUCCUGAGGAUCUUCAACGUUUGCUCGAUAUUGGAGAGAUCCGCGGCUUUCCGGGGAUGAUUGGAAGCAUCGACUGUACCUUAAACGAUAUUAACGUCCUUGAUCGAUCACCUGUAUUUGAUGACAUUUAUGAAGGUCGAGCUCCAAGGGUAACGUACAUGGUCAACGGACACCAAUAUGAUUUGGCGUACUACCUCACGGACGCUCGAUUUGCGAUAGUGAAAAACCCGGCGCUGUCGUUGGACAAGGGAAAAAUAGGGAAUAUUAUGCGAGCAUGUAUCAUACUGCAUAAUAUGAUUGUCGAAAAUGAACGGGGUGGAUACACUCUGUACGAUACAUCUGAAUUUGAAGAAGGAGAAUCGAGCAGAAGUUCACAUGUUGAGCAUAUUAACAACAUGCCUACCCAUUUCGGUAAUAUGCUUGGUCUACGGAAUCAUGUUCGAGAUAGGCGUACACACCAAGCAUUGAAAAAUGAUUUAAUCGAAAAUAUUUGGAACAAGUUUGGUGAUAAUGAAGAUGUAUAA